AUGGACAACCUCGCCGACGAGAUAUAUGCCUCUUACCCCUCCCGUCACCGUACCCACUUGAACGUCGGACCAGGAAUUGCAACCGGUGAACUGAAGACGAUAUCAAACAGCGACCUGUUCUUCCAAGAAUACCAGCCGCUCUCCGUCCUUACGCAAUGGAUGCGCUUGAUGGCAUCAAUGUUCUCCUCGCACGUACAGAUGAGCAGCGUUGGAGUCAGCUACGAGGGUCGCGAUAUCCCAGCAUUGCGACUCGGCACCUCUCCCGACACAGAAACCAAAUCGGGCCCGCGCAAGACCAUCGUCAUCGUCGGCGGUACGCACGCCAGGGAGUGGAUCAGUACCUCUACAAUAACGUACGUUGCAUACAGCCUUAUCACCCAUUUCGGCUAUUCACCCGUCGUCACACGGUUGCUGCACGAGUAUGACUGGGUCUUGAUCCCAACCCUCAAUCCGGAUGGAUACGUCUACUCAUGGGAAUCAGACCGUCUGUGGCGAAAGAACCGCCAACCAACGGGCCUUCCACUGUGCCCGGGUGUCGAUUUAGACCGCGCCUGGGACUACGAGUGGGACGGCGAGUCCACUCGCUCAAACCCGUGCUCAGAGAACUACGCCGGUGCAGAACCCUUCGAAGCAAUUGAAUCGCAGCGCCUGGCGCAGUGGGCUCUAAACGAGACGGUGCACGGCCGCGCUGAGAUUGUAGGCUUCAUCGACUUACACUCCUACUCCCAGCAAAUUCUAUAUCCUUACUCAUACUCCUGCUCGUCCGUGCCUCCCACUCUCGAGAGUCUCGAGGAGCUAGCGUUGGGCCUGGCCAAGGCAAUCCGUCAGACCUCCCAUGAAUCAUAUGACGUUACCUCUGCCUGUGAGGGGAUCCUCGCCGCUGCUGGGAUUUCCUCGGGCGGCAGUGCGUUGGAUUGGUUCUACCACAAGCUGCACGCCAAGUUCUCGUACCAGAUCAAACUCCGCGACCGCGGUAGUUACGGGUUCCUUUUACCUUCGGAGCACAUUGUUCCCACGGGCAAAGAGAUUUUCCAUGCUCUGUUGACAUUUGGCAAGUUUGUCUGGGGUGAGGAGGCAUCGGAUCUCAUCUUUGAGGACUUGAUGGGUGAUCAGAUACCUCUGGCUGGGAGCCUGUAG